AUGGCUCCUCCUCCGCGCCUGCGCAUCCUGUCCGUCGGCGGUAAUGCGAUCUCGGCCUUCUUGUCAUGGCGACUUCAGGCAACAACCUCCUGCGACGUCACCCUCGUGUGGAAAUCCGGGUUCGAAGCAGUCUCCCAAUACGGCGUCUCGUUCAAAUCGAAAGCAUUCGGCAACGAGCGGUUCAAGCCCCGUCAUGUUGUUCGCACCCCUGAAGAAGCCGCCUCCCGUGAAAACGCCUUCGACUAUGUCAUCCUUUGUGUGAAGGCUCUCCCUGAUGUCUACGACCUUGCCUCCAUCAUCGAAUCCGUUGUUACUCCUCAGCACACAUGUAUCCUCAUCAACACCACCAAUACCCUCGGCAUCGAAGCUCAUCUGGAACAACGAUAUCCCACCAAUGUCGUUCUUUCUCUGGUUUCGCAGGUAGAAAUCUCUCAGACCGGACCCAGCGACUUUGAACACCUGAAUUCUAGCGAGAUUCACGUGGGCGCUACCAACAAGCAGUCUGCGAUCCCGACCUCGAUCCAGAACGACAUGGCUGCUGCAUUGGCCAUGACUCUGAAUUCGGGCCAGGUCGAUUGCAAGGUGUCAGAUAAUAUUCGGCAGGAACAGUUUGAACGGAUGAUUGGUCCGAUCGCGUUCCAUCCAGCCAGCGUGCUUUUCGAAACCUCCAACCCUAACCAACUCCUUGAAAAGGCCGGAGUCCGUCAAUUGGUGACGGGCGUCAUUGACGAGCUCCUGGAACUUGCCAAAGUAACAGGAUGCUCUUUCCCGAACGAUUUCCAACAGAAGACGAUCGAGAAGAUGACCGCGUCAGAUGCGCCCAGCAUGAUGUACCAGGACUUCCAGGCCCGCCGGCCAAUGGAAAUCGAGACGUUCCUGGGCUCUCCGAUCAAAUUGGCGACCAAUUCCAACGUCCGAGUUCCUCGCAUUGAAACAUUAUACGCGAUGCUCCACCAUGCGAAUACCGUGAACCAAACCAAGCCUCGACACGGCGAUUCACCACCAGCAUCGGUCAUGGGCCAGCCACCUCCCCGAAUGUCUUCCGCUCCUCCACCCCAGAGACCCCCUAUGAACGGUGCCGCCAUGCGUGGGAGCCGAACCAGCUCGAGUAUGGGAAUCCCACAGGUGCGACGAGGGCCGCCCUCGGGUGCGAUGCCACGGCCCCCUUAUGCCGGUCGAGGCCCUCCGCGUGACCCAUCUCUAGAAGGUCUAGAGGAAUUCAGCCAUCUGGUGGUGUACGAUGACGCCGAUGGAGCAAAUGGUAGCAACGGAUUCCCCACCAGUGGGCCUGGGUCUUCAGUGGCGGACUUGGCAAUGCGGGAGCGCGAGCUAGCCCUUCGCCAGCGAGAGUUGCAGCUUCGGGAGCAGGAGAUGGGCAUGCGACGGGGUCCUGGACCUGGACCUGGACGCCGUGGACCACCUCCUAGGCCAGCCCCAUUCGAGGAAGAGGGCGAGGACUACUUUGACCCGAUGGACAACAUGGUCCCCCACAUGGACCCCGACAGCGUUGAUAUGAUGAGCAUCACCUCGCGUCGAGCGAGAAAGGCCCCCAGCGCCAGCCAAAUCCGCAACAACCCCGAAAUGUCUGGACCCACUGGUGGCGGCGGCAGCCGCCCACCUUCUUCAGCUUUCGGUCGAUACUUUGGCCGGAAACGUGCCAGCGAUCGGGUUAUGCAAGAAAUCCCUGGUCUUCACGAUUCUCUUAUGGACAACCCCAUGAUGAGCUACUCAUCCAAUCGAUACGGGGCCGUUGACCGCAAUCAGAUGCAGGCCGACUCGCGAGCGAAUUCUCUCACUGCCAGCCGCAUGGGCGAUUUUCCACCACACUCUUACCCUCAGAGCCGACGUAACAGCCAAUCCCCCGCAACGCCGUAUGGACCAGGAGGCCCCCGAAUGGGUCGUCCAAUGACGGCUCAUGAUCCGCAGAACCUGGGCCUUCCCAACGGGCCUCCUCAUAAUGGCCAGCCAUCACCGCCGGGUCAGAUGCGCACACCGGCUCCUCGAUACCCUCCCGGGCAUGGCAAUGCGAUGAUGCCACAGCAAGUUGAACAACACUAUGGGGUGAGCCACCCGUAUCCCGCCAAGGGUCCUCCCCCCAAAAACAAGAGUCUGACUGGAAGUGCGAGCGCCAGCGCGGAGAGUGGUGACAGCGGGGCUAGUGCGAAUCUUGAUUCCGGAGCAUCAGCUCACAGCAGCCAGGCCAGCUUGGGCGUCCAGCCGGCCAUUCCGGCAGCUGCUCGUUAA